CUCUCAACCUUAUACUGGUAAAAGAGAACAAAAUCGAGGCUUUGGGUUUGUUCAAUAUGUACUAAGUCAAGAUGCAGAACGAGCCAUAAAAGAAUUAAAAAAGGUAAAAUUCCGUAAUCAAAAGAUCUUAAAAUUGGAAUUUGCUUUGAAAAAACACGAGAAACCCCCAAAUAUCGAAAAAAAAUCGGACAAAAAAUUGAAUUUGAAAAAAUCACAAGUGGAAAAGACAGAAAACAAAGGAUCAAAUCGGACAUUGAUCGUCGAAGGAUUACCGAAAGACGUGACCAGAAAAAAGAUUUAUGAAAUAGUCAGAAAGUUUGGAAAUAUUGAAGACAUAAUUUUUCCUAUUGAAGAAGGAAAAAAGAUCG